UCUGCCCCGCCCCUCCGGCGUCGCCCGCAGAGGCUUCAGGCCUGAGGCGGGUUUUCAGUCCCACCGGGAAGAUGGAAUCACUGCUGAGGCGGGAGCUGGGCUGUCGCUCUGUCCGGGCCACGGGUCACUCCGGAGGCGGAUGCAUUAGCCAGGGCCAGAGCUACGACACGGACGCGGGGCGCGUGUUCGUGAAGGUGAACCCCAAGGCCGAGGCCAGAAGAAUGUUUGAAGGUGAGAUGGCAAGUCUAGCUGCCAUUCUGAAGACAGGCACAGUAAAAGUGCCCAAGCCCAUCAAGGUUCUUGACGCCCCCGGAGGCGGGAGCAUGCUAGUGAUGGAGCAUUUGGACAUGCGGUAUCUGAGCAGUCAUGCUGCCAAGCUCGGAGCCCAGCUUGCAGAUCUACACCUGGAGAACAAGAAGCUUGGGGAGAUCCUCCUGAAGGAGGCUGGCACAGUGGGGAGAGGAGGUGGGCAGGCAGAGCGGCAUUUUGUGGACCAGUUUGGGUUUGAUGUGGUGACAUGCUGUGGAUACCUCCCCCAGGUGAAUGACUGGCAGAAGGACUGGGUCACGUUCUAUGCCAGGCAGCGCAUUCAGCCCCAGAUGGACAUGGUGGAGAAGGAGUCUGGGGACAGGGAAGCUCUUGAGCUGUGGUCUGCUCUACAGCUGAAGAUUCCUGACCUGUUCCGUGAUCUGGAAAUUGUGCCUUCUCUCCUCCAUGGAGACCUCUGGGGAGGGAAUGUAGCGGAAGAUUCCUCCGGGCCCAUCAUUUUCGACCCAGCUUCCUUCUAUGGCCACUCAGAGUAUGAGCUGGCUAUAGCUGGCAUGUUUGGGGGCUUCAGUGGCUCCUUUUACUCUGCCUACCACAGCAAAAUUCCCAAAGCCCCUGGAUUUGAGAAGCGCCUGCAGUUGUAUCAGCUCUUUCACUACCUGAACCACUGGAAUCAUUUUGGAUCAGGAUACAGAGGAUCCUCUCUAAACAUCAUGAGGAAUCUCAGCAAAUGAGCUGGCUUCACACCAGAGGGCUGAGUAUCUGAAGAUUGUGCUAGGCUUCAAGGUCAGGUGCCCAGAUUCCAACCAGUCUGGCUAGGAACCUUACAUCUUUCCACAGUCCCUUUCCUCAUUAAUUCUUCCCAGUUACUCCAUGGAUGAAUUUGCCUAAGAUCCCUGAGUGACUUAUUUCCAAGCCUGAUAAGAGUGUGGGUUAGCUCAGAGGAAAGGUCCUGUGGUCCCAAAGUUGUGUACGUUGUAAGACUUCCUGGCUGGAUUAGGCCAGCCACACUGUAAUACAAACAGAUCUGUGAAGUAUAGGGAUAGUGAGCCAUACGCCGCUCCAAAGGUAGAGAUGUGAGCGACUGGGUGUGUGGAGGGCGUCCAGUGUGCAAGGAAGUGGCCAGUGCCACCAUCUCCUCCUGAUCUGCACCAGGAACAUCUCUGAGCUGUUGACAGUGAUACUUUAUGAUGGUACAACUUGAUCUGGAUAUGGAGUCAUCUUACUAGAAGCUUCGAGUAAUGACCAGUUCUAAAGUCAACUACAUUCCCUUUUUUUGUGCAACACCUCUGAACCCUGUUCCAAGCUGAGCUGGUCAGGAGAUUGAUUUGGGGACUGACCAAGCUACCAGACUUAGGGUAAAUUGGCUCUUUAGGAGCCUUGAGUUACUCCUGUUACCCCAACUUUGUGCUUUUUUCUAAGGUUGCCAUUCCUUUGCAGCUUAUGAACAUCAGACUAAUAUUUUUUCUGUCUUCCAACAUUGUAGAAAUGAGAAAUUUCAUGAAUGGUAUUGUUGCUAAUAAAUGUUUCUGCCUAAGAAUUUGAAUAAAAUUUCAGCUGUUCCAAUGA